GGAAGAAAUGGAAAGCGCAGGCCUUGAUAAAUAAAAAAAUGAAAUUGGCCUGGUCUGGUCUGAAAUUUACAUUUUGUGUCCUAUAUUAUUAUUUUAGAAUAUAUAUGUUUCAAAAUUGAUGAGAAAUUUAAAAAUAUAGAAUCCUAAAAUUUUAGGGGCAUUGCACACCCUUCGGGCCACCCACUACAUAGCAACAUUUCAAAGAAUGGAUAUGAAGAAAUUUGAUAAACUAAACGAAGCGCGUGAUCAUUUUCAGAUUAAAGUUAUUUUGGGUUUACCAAACUACUUCAAUUGGAUAAAAUAUUACUAUUUAGAACGAAUAUUGAAGUUCUGCGGUUACUCGGGCACAUGGGGGUUAGACAACGAUGUUAUGCGUUGUGAGGGAGUUUCUUGGGCUAAGCGGAGAUUUGCUUCAGGAGUUUUAAGCGAUAAGAAUAUUUCACCCAGGAUGAAAGAUAAGUUUCACCAGUCUGUAGUCAGACUAGCUAUGCUCUAUGGGGCAGAGUGUUGGGUGGUUAAGAAGAUUCACGCGCGUCAUCUGCAUGCGGUAGAGAUACUGAUGUUGCGGUGGAUGUCUGGGCAGACGAGGCUGGACAAAAUUCUGGGGGAAGUUAUUCGAGGUUGGUUAGGCAUGACGCCAUUGGAAGAUAAACUUCGUGAAGCUAGGUUAAGAUGGUUCAAUCAUGUGAAACUUGAAAGCCAUGAGCACUCUCAUCAGAAUGAUGAGGACGAUGCUUUUUUUGGAUUUUUUUGCACCCUCAAUAGCUGCAAGACGUGAUACUAUAAGCUCCAUUGAUUUCUCCAUAAAUAUCCCUGUAAGUUUCUUCUUCUUCGCAAGUUUCUUCAUCCACCAUUAAUGGAGUUUUGGGAAGAAAACUCUAGGUUCGAAGAGAAGACUUCAAGACAAGGAAAGCUAGAAGUAGAUAG